CGCUCGCUUGUGUAAUCAUUUCUGUUCAACACAAGGCAGAAACCUUUGCACAGCGGCGAAGGACGGGCGUUUUGCUUUUUACAUCAAGGUUACCGAGGAAGGAUCUUAAAAUGUUGUCUUCACUUGUGGCAAAAAGAUUGGUAACAGGAAUGUGCCAGGCUGUUCGGAGACCAGGCGUCACAGCGGUGGUCUCAUCUCGAGGCUACAAGGGCGAUGCCCCUGAUGACAACAAGGCUGACCUGAUAGAGAUCCCUCUGCCCCCCUGGAUGGAGAAGACAGACGAGCCCGUUGACAUCAAGAGACGACGGCUUCUCUAUGAGAGUCGCAAGAGGGGGAUGUUGGAGAACUGCAUAUUGCUCAGCCUUUUUGCAAAGCGGUACCUGAAUACAAUGACUGCUAGCCAGUUGCAGCAGUAUGACAGGCUGAUCAAUGAACCGAGCAACGACUGGGACAUCUACUACUGGGCCACAGAAGCCCAGCCCACACCUGAAGUGUACCAAGGAGAAGUUAUGGAAAUGCUGAAGGAAUUCACAAAAAACAAAAACCACGAACAGAGAUUAGAUGCGCCCAGCUUGGAGUACCUGGAAAAAGAAGCCCAGUGACAUCCUUCACCAUUUGGACACUUUCAGAGACUCUUUGCAGGUGUUAAUAUAUUACUGUUAACCAUGAGAGAGAGAAAAAAAGAGAAAACUGGUAGAGUAGCGAAGGAUGCUGGGAAUACAUUGUUGCUUUCUCCUAGUUUUCGUCAUCUGAUUUGAAAUGAAUUGGUUGUUUUACUGUCCUAUGUGUUUUGAAGGCAAUUGUCAGUAUAAGAGGAUGAAUGUUAUGAAAAUCUGUUAAUAAGACAGAGCACUCUCCACAUCAGUAAGAUCAAAAUG